AUGGUCAAAGAAGAAGCCGAUCAACAAACUAUCGAACAAAUUCCCGAACCAACGAAUUUCAAACGAUUCGUCGAACAGUAUAACUUCACUCCAGAACUGCAAUAUCUUAACGAGCUGGCCGAGAUUUUUUACAAGUUAAAAUUAGAGUCAGCAAAAACUAUGGAAGAAGCUAGGCUUACAUACAAUGAAGCCUCUCAAAAACCAAGUACAGAUAAGCCUCCGCAUGUGAAACAAGAGGAGAAAAAUGCAAAGCUUUCGGAGCAUAUAAAGUCCGAUUCACCAAAGAUAAAAGAUGAUGAAAAAGAUGAAAAGUCGAAAAUAAAAAUUCCUUUUUCUAAGGAUCGCCUCCUUGAGCUUACCAAAGAUUCCAAAUAUUGUAUGGUUCGUCUAAGAACCUUAAAUCGUAAAGCGCAUGUAACAAGAUUGGCCGACAAAACUGAUACUCUUAAAGCGCGGCAAGAAAUGGAUGACAAAAAUCUAGAUCUUCAAAACUUGAUACAAGAGAAGGGAUAUUUACGACGGGAGAUUGCUAAGUGCAGGCGAAACGGAGAAUUUGUUAUACAGGCGCCCGAGGAAUAUACUUUAGUACCUAAAACUGAAGAUGGUGUUGAAAAUGGAGAUUCAUUUGCGCAUCAUCGCAUGCUUCAAAGAUUCAAAUAUGAGAUGGCUGAACGCCAGAGGUUGGAGGCGGAGCGUGAUGAAAAACGUGAACGAAAAUCACGACUAGCAGAGAAGUUAUCCGAGAAACGAGCCAAAAUUGCAGAGGUUGAUCAUGAAGUAGGCAAAUACUUGGCUGCAUCUUCAGCUCUCCAAAGAAUAUUAGGAAUCCGAAAUGGAGCCAUUAACGGUAACAAUAACAGAAUCUCACGUUCAGCAUCACGUAGUCCAAUACCAUCAUCUAUUAUUCAUGAAGAUGGUGUCGUUGCUUCGAUAGGCGGAACACCAAGCAAUGCAAAUUAA